AUGGUUUCCAUCAAGACUCUUUCUCUUGCUCUUGCCGCUUCUGCUGUUCUUGCAGCCCCUGCUCAGGGUACCACCCCUAACUUCCCCAACCAAAACGCCAAUGCCUGGGUCGAGGGUGCUAAUGAGUCCAUGAUCAAUCAUCAACAGGUUGUUGAGACCUACAACCGCCAGAUGCAGUCCAACCCCAGCCAGCCCCACAAUGCUGACCGUAUCAUUGCUGCCAUCACUGGUGCUGAUUCCCAGAUUGAUAACGCCAUUGCCACUGUUGCCCAUGCUUUGGCUCCCUUCACUGGUGGUCUUUCCCUUGCUGUAGGCAAUGCCCUUCUUGGUCCCUUUGCUCAGUCCGUUACUAACGGUGCUGAAGUUCUUAUCGGCAACCUUGUUGGUGGUGCCGAGGACCGCAUGCAAACUGCUGCUGCCUCUUACACCACCAGACUCACCAGCUUGAGAGCUCAGGCCGUCAGAUUCAACGUUAACACUUCUCGUCUUGACAAGGCCAUCACCCAGCUCCAGGCCCGUCUCUCUAAGACUAACUAA